UUCACGCAUCUAAACAUGCCGGGCGGCGGUUGGGCCCAGGAGGGAAAAUUCCUGGCCCAGGACUUGCAAGCGUCCCACUAUAUGAACCUCCGCAAGGAAGUGCGCUCGGAUUGGUCCAGCUACGGUGGGGACAGGAAGCCCCAGAAAGAAGGUACAUUCGGCUUGCUCGAACGCUAUAACAAACUAAUGCUCAAGCAGUCAUUGGCAGGAUUUAAUAGUAACCCUAACGGUAAUAUUAGGCAUUUUUCCCUAAAUCAUACCGCAUUGGCUAAAGAAAUUCCAAAAAAUGCUACUAAACAAUCGACUGAGGAACAGGCAUCGGGGACGACAGCGGAAUCGUCACCCGCCUCUAGCGAGCCCCCCCUGACACGUAAAGAGCAACUCAAGAAAGCAGUCAAGGAAUAUGGUUCCACCGUGAUUGUGUUUCACGUGGGAAUCAGUCUGGUUUCCUUGGGUGCUUGCUAUCUGUUGGUCUCUAGCGGAAUAGACAUGGUGGCCCUGUUGGAGCGCUUCGGAUGGGGGGAUUCGGCACUCGCCAGCAAAGCAGGCACCGGCGCCAGCACGUUCGUGAUCGCUUAUGCAAUCCAUAAAGUAUUUGCACCGGUUAGAAUUAGCAUUACUCUGGGCGCAACGCCAUUCAUCGUGCGAGUGAUGCGAAAGCGGUUCGGCAAGAAGUAGAACUAAGACAAAAGUUGUUUUUUUUUGUGCUACACAAACACGGAAAGCUUAAGAUGACUUGAUGUAAUUUGAGUAAUAGCAUUUUUGACUUGUAAUACGGCAUCAUUUAAGUAACUUUAUGUUGCUUUUUUUUAGAUUUAAGUUCAAUUUGAUUUAUUUUAUAUCACAUAGUAUUUAAUACACAUUAUUUAGCUAAGGAAGUAUGUAAUGUCAACAUGACUGUAUGCGUCAAUAGUUCAAUAAAAUAUAUUUUCAUAGUUA